AUGUCUUGGUCAUCCUACACAGACCGUCUCAUAUCCAACAAGGUGGAGCUGUGCGCCAUCCAUGGCAAGAACGGGGCUCUGUGGGCUUCGGCCCCAGGCUUCUCGUGCUCGCCUGACGAGGUGGUCACCAUCGCCAACGCCAUCGCUCGCAACGACAACAGCCUGUACGGGUCCGGCGCCGUGGUGGCUGGCAAGAGGUGGACCGUCAUUCGUCUGGAAACUGACGCCGACCUGUUGGUGAUGAAGGGCAAGGACACGGACAACCAGAAGCAAACCAUGAUCGUUGCCCUGUCCACGCAAGCUGUCAUCAUAGGUGCAAACAAAGAUGAGAGUGUGCAAGGAUCCUCUGUCCGCACGGCCGUACAAGGCCUGCGAGAUUACCUGAAGCAGUGCGGUUACUAA